GCCCGCAGAAAACAACAACAAGACAGACAGCGACAAACAACAACACCCGACAUCCAACAAAGGCCGCCAUCGGCUCACACGCCCGAGGCCAGUAGCUGUUCAGCGAGUAGCAUCAGGGACUAGUAUCACUGCUUGUUCCUUGAAUCUCUGUUUUGGCCAUCAUCAAUUCAUCCAAACAUAAGAGAACAGCUGCAUACAACCAUGCCAAACUCACAAGCGCGCUACAGCGAAGCCGAACGGCGCGGCAGGGGUGCACAAAACGUCACCGACAUUGGUGUCAAGGGACGUCGCACAGGUCUUGAAAUCUACGAUACAACGCGCGAUGAAGAUGGCAUGGAGAAUCUCUCUGCCUUCUUCUCCCCCGCUACUGCUAAGAAAAAGGCCGCCGCCGCUGCUGCUGCAGGCAAUCUCCUUGAUUCAGCACAUUCAAUCAGAUCUAGGCCGAGUACAGGCUCGAAUGAGCAAGAAAUGGAGAUUGAAGCGAGUUCAGCACAAGAUGUUACUGCCACCUUGUCGCAUCGUCGACAAUCACAAGCAGCUUCAGCCGUGCCAGUUUCUGUACGAGUACCCAAUCGACAUUCCCAAUCACCCACAAAGACGCAUCUCAAUUCUCCGGCAUUGCGCGUUCGUAACGCCGUUUCGAAUCCAGCGAGUCCAUUGAGGAACCCACACCGGGCAGCAACAACGCCUGGCGUACAACCUCUGGCAAAAGUCGCAAGGAAGUUGGAUUUCAGUAGAAGCGACCUGGAUGUGGAAGAUGAAGAAGAGGACGCACCUGCUGCUGCCGCGGCUGUGACAAAGACGACGCCAGCUGCUCCUGCUAGGUUUAUCGCUGUUCGGCGGUCUUCAAAGUCGCCUGCUGCAACGUCGGCGAGCGCAAAGGCCGACCGCAAGCGUAAAGUAGAAGCCUUGCAAGCAACCGAGAGAAGCGAUGGAGAUGACGAUGCAGGGCAAGAAGCAGACGAAUUUGUGGAUGCGCCUACGAUGGCGGAAAUUCAAGGAGAGGCCUUUGAAGACCUUGCGCAACCGGAUCCAUUGCCCAAUGCGCAAAACGACGAUGUACGCUAUGAUGUUGAGUAUGAGGCUCCCAACGAUGAACCCAUGUAUCAAGACUACAUCGAUGAUGGAGCGGAACUCGAUGAAGGUGCAGAGCAAGCAGAAGAAGAAGACGAACAGGCUGAGAGGUCUGUCGACAGUGCAGCUGAAGAAGAUGAAGAUGAAGAAGAACCCAUCAAGUCUCCUGCUAGCAACAAAAAACGCAGCAAGUCUGCUCAGCGCGCUGCAACGGAUCAUGAAUCAGAUGCUGCACCUCGCAAACGCGGACGAUCGACCAAGAAACCCGCAGCGAAGAAGUCACCAAGAAAGAAGGCGCCAGCGAGGCAUGCGUCACUGAGUCCAUCGCGCGCAGCGAGUCGAACGCGUGAUGGUCGAACACAAUCGCCGCAACGAGAAUGGCGAGAACCCAUCACGCAUGACGAUUCAGAUGAUGCAGAGCAAAAUGAUGGUGUGCGGCGGUCGACGCGUGUCAAGGUGCCCCCUCUUGCCUUCUGGCGCGGUGAGAAGAUGGUCUUUGGAAGGGGUCAACGACGGAAGUCGGUUGGUGGUACUUUGGGCCUUUCACUGCCUGAGGUCAAGGAAAUCAUCCAUGUUGACUUGGUGGAAGGCGCGCAGCAAGUGCGUCGCUCUAGGGCCAGCAGCAAAGGUCGCGCGAAUGGUAAAAAGAAACGGCGGGCGAAUCAAGUCAAGGAUGAGAGUUCUGCCAGUGAGCCGGAAGAUGAAGAUGAGGAGGAGGAACACAUCAUUGUUGAAGCGAAUGUGCGGUCUUUCGAGCAGCCGGAUGCGUUGGUCAAGAAGGUAUUGGCGAUACCGCAAGCCAUGUACGAUCCUCGGCCCGUGGUGGGACAAGGUAUUUUCUUCCAAAAGACGCUCUCAGAGGAACCUCACUUUGCAGCUGGUGUCUUGGAUAUCCCUGUUGGCGAGGGCAAACCCGUCAAGCCAUCGAAGCAAAACACCAUGUUUUUCUUCAUCUACCAGGGCUAUGUCCAGGUCAAGAUUCACGAUGUCAUCUUCAAGCUGCGCAAGGGCGGGCAGUUCACCGUGCCGCGCGGCAACUUUUAUGAGAUUGUCAAUGUCGGCACCAAGGACGCGAGGCUCUUCUUCAGCCAGUCAACGGAUACCUUGGCGAACGCCAACAUGCAGCAGCAACAACCGAAGCGACGAUGAUCUUGCUGUGUAUCGCUCUCCUCUGUACUGUAUCCUUCUCUACUUCUAUCCUGUUCAUAAUACUCUCUCGAUAUACUGAAUGCUGGCUGCUGCUCCGUCGCGGUUCUUUU